CGCAUGCGUAUAGUCUAUUUCUCGUGUGGUCGCCAUCAUCGUAAAAAAUGUCGAACCAGUACGGAGAAAGUGAAGCGAGCCCAAGAACCCUCUAUGUGGGUAACCUUGAUCCAUCUGUCACAGAAGGUCUUAUUAUGACACUGUUUGGCCAGAUAGGACCGUGUAAAAGUUGCAAAAUCAUAUUGGAGUGGGAAAGAUUUGGAGAUUGUGAUAAGGCUUGUUACAAUAAAUUGAUAAUGGAAGGAAUUUUAACUGUGCCAGCUCUCCAAAAAGAGAUUUUAACUGUACCAACUGUGCCUACUGUAACAGCUAUGCCGCCAGUUGUACCAGCCUUACAGCAAGCUACUUUACCCGCAAAUCUUGGCUGGGUGUACUGUGAUCUUGUGCCAAACCAGGACCCAUAUUGUUUUGUUGAAUUCUACGACCAUGAAUCUGCAGCGGCAGCCUUAGCAGCAAUGAAUAAAAGAAUGUGUUUAGGCAGGGAGAUGAAAGUAAACUGGGCCACAUCACCUAGCAACCAACCAAAACAAGACACAAGCAAGCAUUUCCACAUAUUUGUUGGUGAUUUAAGCCCAGAUAUUGAAACCCAUCAACUCAAAGGUGCCUUCCAAGUAUUUGGUGAAAUUUCAGAUUGCAAGAUUAUACGAGAUCCACAGUCUCUGAAGUCCAAGGGCUAUGGCUUUGUAUCAUUCGUCAACAAACAGGAUGCAGAAACAGCGAUAUCCAGUAUGAACGGACAGUGGUUAGGGAGUCGACCAAUCAGAACAAACUGGGCCACAAGGAAACCUCCUGCCCCGCCCACGAAAGAAAACCAAUUUGUUAAACAGUUGAAUAUUGAUGAAGUGAUGAGUCAGUCAAGUCCAACCAACUGCACAGUAUAUUGUGGUGGUAUCAUAAAUGGUUUAACAGGUUCGUAUAACACUUUUUUCUUAGUUAGAUCUUCAAGAUUCUUAGAAAAUUUUCAUCGAUGCUAUCAAUUAGGAAAACAUAUUUCUAGUACUGUGUAUAGGAUACUAUACAAGAAUAUUAGUAGUAUUCAAAGACAAAGGUAUUAUGCCUUUAUAAGAUUUUCCAACAAGGAAAGUGCAGGACAAGCUAUAUGUGGUGUUCAUGGUCAGGUGGUCAACGAGCAACAAGUGAAGUGUUCAUGGGGUAAAGAAUCAAAUGAUGCCCAACAGUCACAAUCGUCUACACCACAGAUGAUGGGUAGUCAAUCACCCCAGCAACAGUUUAAUGGCAACGGGAUGGGCAAUAUGGGUUAUGGCAGCUACAACAUGGGGGGAUAUGGAGGAUAUUAUCCAGGCUAUGGUGGACAACAGGGUUAUAACAUGCAAGGAGGAGGAGGAGGAUACGGAUAUGGAUACCAGUACGGGAGCAUGCCAAUGCAAGGUCAGUGGGGUAUGCAGAUGCAGCCAGGUCAACCAGCCCCAGCGUACGGGCAGGGAGGCUAUCAGAUGGGGGUGUCAAGCCCGCUCACUCUGAUUAGGCCUGCCCCAUGAUAACACCUCCAUUGCGUGACCAAUGACAAAGAGCGCAAGAUGGCACAGGGCACCCUUCAGAAGAUUCCAGGCACAAUGAAGAACCGCAAAGAAAACGAAUGCGUCGUGAUCGCGACUAUGAUCAGGAUUACUGAUUGAAUCAACAUCAAAAUUUAAUCUCAUUGUUGUGGCCUCCACUGAAAAAACAUCCCCAUUUCCACCAUCGUCAUGCCAUUGUCAUCGUUAACAGUGGAGUCCGCUGAAGAGUUACCAUCUUCGACAUCAUAACCAUGAGAGACCACUUUCACUGUUCAUAAUUGUCAUUAUGAUCAUACAGAUUAUUUAUGGUGAAAGUGAAAAAAAAAUUGUAUAUAUAAUGAAAUGCGGUUAUUGAAAUUUGUGCAAAAAAAUGAACCGAAGUAAAGGAAAUAUUUGCCUGGAAACUGUUGGGAGUAGAUGAAAGUAUCUACUAGGAAAUUCUUCUGUGCUGUCUUUGUUAGACAAAAAAAGACUUAGAGGAAGGACACUUAGAUAAUUCCGUGAAUAUUGCUCUAUGCGUGUGUCUUGUAGACACAACUAUGUUCAUGUGUAAAUAGUAUGAAAAAAAACAUUGUGAAAAAAAUAGUCUUUGAUAAAUUAUAUAGAAUGAUGUAAAAAUGAUGUUAAAUGCGUGAUGAACGUGGGCGAUUGAUUUGUUAAUGUUGAGUGAAAGUGUAUUUGUAUGGUUUUAGGAGACAUUCAAAAAUAGAUUGGGGAAAAAAAAGAAGUAUGCCAUAAUAAUGUUGUUGAAACGAUAACCUUUCUGAAAAAAGCUCAAUCAAAUUUGUUGUAUUUUUAAGUACAAGUAAAUUGGAAAAUGUAUAUAUCGCUGUACAGCAUGUUAUGCUCCUACCUCAAUUGGAAAAAAAACAACAUAACAAAAAAUGUGUAUUGGGACAUUACCAUAUCUGUCUCCAUUUUAUGAUACACAUAGCAUAGAGACAGUAAUAUAGUAAAGAGUUAGCUGUUACAAUUUUGAGGUACAAGGAAAAAAAAAAGGAAAUAUUUUGGAUAUGUGAGCGUACAUGUACAGCUGUAAGGGCACUUUGAAGUAUUUUAGAGUUGAACUGUCUCAAAGAGUGACCUGUUUUAGAUAAUUUUGUACAUAGAUGCAAUUUUUUAAAAAUGUAUGUUAUGAUAUGACGAAGGGAAAAUGUUGUAAACUAGUUGCAUCUGCUGUAUAUUUUAUUAUAUAUGUGAAAAUGUUGAUAUGAUCGUAUUGAUAUGUUAUAACAAUUGUGUAUAAUGCCCAAUCAUCGUAAUGGUGUAGUAGUUAAUGUUAAUUUUUAUCUAAAAUUUGUCCAGUUUUCUCAAAUACUAGGGUAAAAGAUUAUUGACUUCACCUGUCGUGAUAUUUAUGUUGGCAUUUUUACCAGUAAAAGUUUCAACUCCAGAUACCUGAAAAGUGAACGUAGUAAACAUUUAUUUGAAUAAUGGGUGAAUAUAAAGCGGAGUUGUGUAAUUUAUGUCCAAAGGUCAGGAUAAACGGUAUAAUUAUGUCUGUUUCACUUCUAUAAGAAAUAAUGGGGUAUUAAACAUUUAUCUGUCUUUCAACUAAAAGCGUUCAGGUUACACUGUCGUAGUAAGAUCAAUUUCUGUGCUACUCCGAAAACUUUGUCAUGCCUUCACACUUCAAAUGCAAAUCUUUAGGCAUAAAUUUUCUGUCAAAAUAUGAAAAGUGUCUGGAUGUCUUGUUCUUCAGCUGUUGACAGGUUCUUCCUGUUUCUCGAGGAGAAUUGAACUAAAAUUCUACAUAGCAUGCAAAAUAUUUGUUUAACUUUUACCCUGCUAAAUUUCUAAAAUAGACUGAUCUAUCAUUCAGUUUGGGAAGUACCAUUUAUCAUUUGAGGGGAUGCUCGAUGAAAAUUUACUGACUGAAUAGCAAACAGUGCAGACCAUGAUAAGCAUACACGGACGUGCAGGCUAAUCUUGGUCUGCACUGGUCGCUAAGGCAGAACCACUUGACGCCAGCAGGCUAAUCUUGGUCUGCACUGGUCGCAAAGGCAGAACCACUUGACGCCAGCAGGCUAAUCUUGGUCUGCACUGGUCGCUAAGGCAGAACCACUUGACGCCAGCAGGCUAAUCUUGGUCUGCACUGGUCGCAAAGGCAGAACCACUUGACGCCAGCAGGCUAAUCUUGGUCUGCACUGGUCGCAAAGGCAGAACCACUUGACGCCAGCAGGCUAAUCUUGGUCUGCACUGGUCGCAAAGGCAGAACCACUUGACGCCAGUAGGCUAAAGGUUAAGAACUUGGACAAGUUUUGAUAAAUUGUAAAUAAAUCUACACCAAUCUGAUUGUUUUAACAUGUUGAGGGGGGAACGGGUUAGUAUGGUAAUUUGGUGUUUUUACAUGUAUAGUGUUGUGUAUAUAUUUAUGUAUAUUGCAAAAAAAUAUGUAAAGAUAUGUUUUAUAUGUCGUUACAAUGCUGGAAGAGACUUGUUCCUGUUGAUUGUUGUAUGUGUAACAGUUUAAUGCAUUCCAGCAACGCCUUCCAGUUAUUCUGAAAGUCUUUUUCUGUCAACAAGUGAAGGUUACCAACAGAUUUACUAUCGGGGAUGUUAAACUAGGUGAACUUUUUAACAAAGUUUUGACAACAAAAUAGUGGAAAAAGUAUGGGGAAGUAUGUUUACUUCUUACUAGAAUUAAAAAAGAUGCUGAUAAUCUUUCAAAAUUUUUAAGAAACAUUCUGUUUUUGUUCUCUUCUAAAAAAAAAAAAAAAGAAGCCUUUAAAUAUAUAUUAUUCUCAAUCUGAUAAUUUCGAAAAAUUUUAGUCAGAAAACUUAAGUGGUAAAUCAUUUGACACCCCAAAGUAUGUCACCUUUGUUUAUCCCUUUUGACAGAAGGGGAAAAAAUCAUCGAAAUUCUGAUUAAGAUUAUAAACUUGUCACAGUCAAUGCUGAUCCUUGGGUAACAUUUGCAGAUAUAUAAAUUAGCAUUUUCUGUCUUUUUGUGAUUAAUCAGGGUACCAAUAACAUUUUGUUUAUUGCCCAAUUUGACAAAAAGCCUUUAGGGAAUAUGUCACAAUUUCAAAAUAUCAGGUUCUUUUCUACAACCAUCUUCAAUUCUUAACAACAUUUUAGUUCAGUCUUGCUUAAAUCUUAGGUCUAGACAGGUGUAUAAUGUCAUUGCAUAUGUAUACACAUACUAUGUUCUUGUGUUUCUGUGGAGUGAGUCAGUGUAGAUUCACAUAGAUGUAUGAAAUCCUUGUUUUAUGUUUUUCAACAUUUUAAUAGUCAGUUCUCACAUUAUCAUCUAAAGCUCAAAAAUACAAAUCUUGACCAUGGUUGUAACAUAUUUGAAUAAAUGAUGACAGAGUG